CUGGUUUGUGUUAUCCACCCUCAGCUAAUGUGUAUUGAUGAUAAUGAGGACGAAUCCCUUGCGUCAAAAUCUUCACCAACAAGUCGAUCACUUUCGCCUGUCACUACUACUGCUUCCCUCAACAUCAUUGGGUUUUCGGAUACCACUGCCACCAUGGCACUUUUUUCAAUACUGACUAUCGUCGUCCCCUCGCCGACUCAAUCUAUAACUGUCAAUCCUGCCACAUCUCCUCUGCGUUUCUGCACAUUAUGUUCGCGAUUUUUUCGAACAUGUUCGGGCCCGAAAAGCGUUCGGAUACAAUGACCAACAGUUUAAGGGUCAGACGUGUCCUUCCAAGGGUAGCUUAACAUCGUCGCCUCAGUCCUUCCGUCCAUCACAACACAGAUUGUUUGACUCGACUUCCAGUUUGUUCUGCGUUAGAAGAUGUCUUGAGGGCUUUCCUGCUUUAUAAAAAUGAGAGUGUACUCCUUCAGUCUGAUGAUCUUAUUCACAUUCAACUCUGCUCAUCACUGCCUGCGAUGCAUUGCUGGUAUCGGAUGGUAGCAUCGUAUGUGCAACGAUGAUGUGUGUAGUCGAGUUCAAGGCAGUGAUAAUCAGGCCAGUUCUUUAGAACAAAAA